AUGGACUCGAGGAAGCGAUCCCCCAGUGGUCCGUGUGCAUUAACGCUGGAGCUCCGCGCGAGCUCCGUGGGCCUCGGAAGACAUCUGCCCAUCGCCGGAAAGUGCGCGAGCAGAGAGUCCCAACCGGGGCACCCUGGGGGCCAAGAAGUGAACUUCGGCAGUUUCGCAGCGGAAAAACACGGCGGGGAUGAACUGCCUCAAGCGCGGGGCGCCGUGGGCGUCGUGGCCCCGAAGGAGCACUCGUGGUCAAGCGCCGUCCUCUCAAUGCAGCGGCAGUCCAGCGCCACGAGCGCUCGGGGCUCCAGACCGUGCAGCACGAGGUGUCGAAGCAAGGUCCGAGCAAUACUGACUCCAAAGCUGUGCCCAAGCAGGAUCAGUCCAGCUGCACACCUUUAUGAGAAUCCUCUUCUGGGAUGGCGACAGCCCGUGCAAGCUUCAUCAAUCCGCUUAGGUUGA